AUGCUUCCGUGCUUCAUCGAAUUAAUGACCUCUCAUAGGACUGAUUUGAGAAGUUAUGACCGACUAUGCCGCAUGCCUCCGGAGUUAACGCUAUUCGAACGUUCACUUACCCGUAUUAAGGCUGGGUGUUUCCCCGGUCUUUCGCCACCACCACGGAGCUCUACUCCCUCUGACUCGUGGACUUGCCGACUUGUCCCCUUUGCCGGCUCCAGGCAGGCCUCUCCGGACUCUGGACCCUUGAAAAGCUUUCCAGUGCACGAUGCCGCUGGAAGAAGUCCCGAGUACGCGGAGGCACUUGACCACCAUGAGCGAAAAGGAUUGGCAGAUGUGGAUGAAACUGAGGGUUGGUUCCUGUUCUGGCAUCAUCCUCGUCACGACGGCUCUAGUGCCACCAGCUCUAUCCCAACGUCGAUUGUCGACGUUAUCAUAGACCAGACCCCUCACGCCUCUCUCAUUGAAAGUUGGAAUCGUUUUUCAUCUCUGGUCUUUUUCAUCUGGUACUGGCAGGAUUUCCAGAGUAACUGCACAUGCCUUGGAAGUCUAUGA